AUGUGGUCCACGGCUCCACUGCCGUAUUACUCGGCCUACAAACCGAGUCGGAGGCACGAGAAGGCCGCCCCCGGCGACAAAGAUUACUUGCCGCCGUCCUCCAUCAACACCAGACAGCAACAAGCCCCUCUUCCUCUUCCUCUUCUCUCAACCCAACACCACCACCCUGAUCACGUCACUGAUUUGUUCGAGCCUGCUCUUGAUGGACCGCCAUCGCCGGAAAGGAUUCGUUCCCUGAGCAAGCAGAUGAGGAGGGCCUCGGCUGCGGACAAGCACAAGAGCCACGCAACCACGUCCUCUGGCUCGACGUCCUCACUGCUCUCACUCAACUCGGACCGGUCUUGGGAGCACACCCUUGAAACCAUCACCAUAUCGAGACGUUCGUCUGGCCGAUCAACCUCGAGCAACAUGCAGCUCCGAGACCGCCCAGAGAGCGUGCAGCUCUUUGGCAAGUCCAUCUUCAACCGUAGGGCCAAGUUGAAGCGGGAAAGCACCAGCAACCAGAAUUCCUCUGAAACUUCAUUAUACUCCGGUGAGCUUGCCCUUGAUGGCCCGUUCUCGACAACCAAGGACCAUUUCAUCCCAUCCAUUUUCGGCCGUCGCAGAACUCUAAGACAGGACGACUUAGGUGCCACCGACUCGCCUAUGGGACGAAAGUUGCAGAUAUCGGGCCCCUACAACUUCCAACACGUUACUCACACCAAGCGGGACCACCUGCCGGACCUUGAACGGGGCAGCCGUGCCGAGCUGGUGACCGAGUUCUCCGCCAUCCGCGCCGGCCAACGGCCGACCACCGGCCAGCCCAGGGGGAUCGAGGUCGAGGACCUGCACUUUGCCAACUUCUCGUCCGAGGCGCUGCACACGCAACGAGACACCACCGCCCCGACCAGCGAACCUCGCGCAGAGCCCCCCAACCGCUCGCUCAUCAUUACACGGCAUAUAGGCCCUCCCUCAGCGCCUAGGCGGUUGAUCAAACGCACGCGCUCCCAGGAGCAACUUCGUUCGAGCCCGCCGCGGCCAGCGCCCCCGCGGCCGCCCAGGUCGCCCAUCCGCGAGGAGCCCAUGUCCCCAACUCUUCCGGCCUCGCCCCUUCCCCCGCCCAGAUCAUCGAGCCGGAUCGCUACGCGCUACACGGCCUCCCAGGACUCUCUCGCCACCACCGACAGCAACCCGGAACGCCCCCAGAUCAGCACUCCCUUUGAUUUGGGGGCGGAAGCCAUCGAAGCCCCGGUCGCCGCCCAGGGUAUCCCGUCAUCCGGCGAAGGUCUGGAGGCGCUGGCAGACCCCCCAUUCUCCCACGCAAUCACAACCCCCGACGACGCGGCAUGGCCGCUCACUGCCAGCACCAGCUUCUCUUGUGAGGGGGCGUUGCCCGACGUGCCCGAAGAGGAGGAGCAGUAUGUCCCGUCUGGAGAAUCUUGCGGCAGCUUGCCCAGCACGCGGUCAUCCCUCCGAGGGAGCCAGUCGGUGCCUGUUCUACGAAGACUAGCGCAGACGCAAGACGAGUCGGAACGGCCACUGAGCGGCGCGUCGGACACACUGGGCAGCUUCGACAUGUUUGCUGCACAGAUUGCGCUACAGGAGGUCUUGGAGACCGAAGAAGUGGCCGAAGCCUCACUCCCGGCCAACUGGGAGGACGAUAUCGACUACUGCUACGAGCAUGAGGCCGAGGCCAACUGCGACUAUGCAUGGGACCGCCCGUCGUUGGACCUCGUGAGGGACGGUUUCGUCGAGUCAUCCUUUUACGACGACAGCUUUCUGAUAGCGCCGCUGUCGGACGGGUUGAAGCCGGCACCGAGCGACUAUGCGGACAACCUCCCGGCAUUGAGCCCCGCCAGCCAAACGUCUCUGAAUGGCCACGAAGCCAUCACGCCGACCACCACAACGUUGCCUGUGAAGUCCAACUUUUCCCACCCCAGAAAAGAGACAAACUACAGAGGAAACGGGCACCUCCACGUGAGGACGGCAUCGCAAGCCUCGAGCUUCAAGGAGUCGCACGGCUUUAACCUGUCGCCGUCACUCCUCAUCCCCGGGGAUUUCCACCAGCAGAUGCUGGCCGACUCCGACACGGACGCGUUGCCCGCGAACAUUUCGAGGCAGAAGUCGGAUCGCUUUUCGUUUGACGAAGAGCCGGCCUUGACGAUUGAAAUGCCGGGCCUGUUCUCCAGAGACCGCGCCAGCACAUCGACGACCGGCAGCAACUCGUCGGGCCAGUCCAGCUUUACCGGCGCGCGCCACGCCUCUACCAACUCGACGUGGACGGCGCUGACGAGAUACACGGGAAGCACGACAUUCGAGGGGUGGAACCCCAAGGUCGAAGGCAGCGAGCACUCGCGUUCUUUCAGCACCGACGGCCUGUCCGAGCUCGCCCUCGGAUCGCCCAGGGGACAAAAGUCCGUCAUGACACCGCUGCCCGAGUUCGAGGAGGCCCUAGCCACGUCGCGUUCCACAGGCGACAUCCGCGCCGCCUCGGGACGUCUCGACGCCAGUCAGUCUCAUGACCACCUCCCGCUCCCCAAGACGAGGGAGUUCCCCAAGCAGCACCAACGCCGACGCGCGCAAACGUUGAGCGCCCCGCCGCCUCCCGGGCAGUACGCCCUCUUCCCACCCACCUACUGCGGCAACCGCAUCUAA